AUUCCCUUUUUGUGUCUGCUGCAUUUGCAUGCAGACACAAUGAUAAGCUGUAAAACGCGCGACCAUUACUUCAUAUAAGAUAAAAUCGCGGAUUUUCUCAUGACGUUUCACCGUGGAUUCCAUUUCGUGACAUGUUACAUGAAGUAUUCUCAAAGUGUAAUACUUUCGGUAGCCUGUAAUACUUUCGGGUGUAAUACUUUCGGGUUAAAUUCGUUCCUCUGGGGAAUAUUGGAACCAAUCGGAUUUGAGAAAUGGACAACGCCAACAGCUCGUGGCACACAACUAAUUUCCGGAAAGACUCGGAAGCAAUCAAAUACGAGAAAAGGAAACGUCAACUUCGUCAACAACCAUGUGCUUCCGUUCAGCUUUCGAAGGAAGAGGUCCGCCAUCUUGUGGUAUAUUUCACGUGAGCUUAUUGCAGUGUUUGUUGCUUGCUAGGUAAGUGAUCUUUUCGUUUUUCAUCUUUGUGAUGGAUUUCUUAAAGGGUAUUUUGUCCAUUUGCCACAGCAUUCGCACUACUUGUUUGUCCGGCCGUGUGAAAGGUUUUGAAAGAUGCUUUGAAGUUGUAGAUCGAUGGAAGCUUUCUUGGCGCCAACAGCAUCACCACUCGGCGAUAUUGCGAGUGCCUUGGACACAAAAUAAGCUUUAUGAGCCCCAUUUGGGGAAAAGAAAGUCCCUUCGGGGAAUAAAUGAGCCCCAUUUGGGGAGAGAAAGGCCCAUUACGGGAAUUAUUGAGCCCCUUUUGGGGAUUAUAAAGCCCACUGAGGGAAAUAUGCCCUGUUUAACCCGCUGUUUGGGAAAUGAAAUCGCCCCUAAAGUGAAAAUACCUUUCACUGGCCAGACAUUUGCGAAAGCUGUUGCAAUUUUUAACCUACAAGGGAAGUGUAGAAGUACAAUUCAUGAUAUUUGUUAUCUAAGGAUAGUUUCUAACAGAUCUUUAAAAACAGAUGUAAGAUUUGUUGUGGGAGCUUCCAUUGUUGAUGUACCGCCAUCGAAAGAAUUCCACAAACAUUCCCCUCGGAAAAAUUCCAAGUUCGUUAAACAAGUAAAACGACAUAGAGACCGAGAGCCAUCUAGAAUACCUGUGAAAAAGGUCCUAAAUUAUAUGAAAAAGAGAAAAGCUAGAAGCAAGCUAAAGUUUAUUUUUAAGAAAUGUACCCCUAAAUCUUCAAGAUUGUAUGACUUGGUUACUCACUAUAAAUUGUGGUAUAUACGGUAUUUACAAAAAUGCAACGCUUUUAUUACUUCCUUAGUCAAUUUUAAAAGACUGGCAACAAAAAAGUCAAAAAAAAGAAAGCAAACUAGUAGCUGUUGUUCAGGUAAAAUUAAAAAAUCAACUUGCCCGGCUAAAACAUAUUGCGUAUCAAGGAUGAAUCUUUUGAGAUCAGGUGACGUUGAAUUAAAUCCAGGUCCCGAACAGAAUGUGAACAAUCAGACCAAUUUGUCAGUGGAUUCCUCAACAUUGCUUAACUUUCGAUUAGGACAGUUGGGAUUGAUAGCUUUAGAUGUGGGUGGUGCAGGUGACUGCUUUUUUAAAGCCGUAUCACAUCAAUUGUAUGGUAAUCCCAGUCAUCACUUUCACAUCAGACAAGCUGCUGUCCAAUACCUCAGGGAUAACCCUGAACGUUUCAUUGAAAGCAACACUCAGAACUCAUGGAAUGGUUACUUGACAAAUAUGUCAAUGCAAGGUACAUGGUGUGAUGCAUUAAUUGUACAAGCAGUUGCAGAAUCACUUAAUAUACAAAUUUAUAUUGUAGAAUCUCACAUAAAUUUUGGACAGGCAACUUUAAUAGAGCCACGCCAUUCAUCAUCACAGCAACCAAGAACAAUAUAUAUAGGUCAUGUAAACGAAGUGCAUUAUGUAUCAACAAUACCAAAUAGCUCUUACUCAGGAAAUGAGCACCCUUACAGAAGUCACAAUAGUGAUUUCAAUUUUACAGAACAAAAUGUUCUUCCUGAACAAGUACACAAUAGUACUGGAAAAAGAAAACACAAUAAUUAUUCCAAUCUGAAUGAUGUUAGAAUAACCACUAAGAGCAAUGAAAAAAAAAGCAAAUGGAAUUCUUACAUGAAUUAUUACAGAAAUAACAGAAGGGCUGGUAAAAUGAAUCAAAGCUAUGAAUGUAACAGUGAUAAACAAAGUUCACGGCAAACUUCCAUUUCUAGACUGUCUGGUAAGCCGUGA